AUGUGUCCCGGCCUCCCCCCCGACAUCCAACAGGUUGAUGAUGCCAGGAAAACAGCCGCCAUCGACAGAGAGCUCUCUCGGCUAGGUGUAGACAUUGCAUGCUUGCAGGAGACGAGGCUUGCAGGCAGUGGCACCCUCAGAGAAGAGAGCUACACCUUCUGGCAAGGCAAACCCCCUGAGGAACCCCGCAAGCAUGGUCUCGGCCUCGCCGUAAGGAAUACGCUGAUGACCUCCAUUGAGCCCCCUUUAGCAGGCACAGAGAGAAUCCUGACCCUCCGCCUGUCCACAUCUUCCAGCUCAGCCACCAUCAUCAGUGUGUACGCACCCACACUGUACUCUACCCCUGAAGAUAAAGACCAGUUCUAUGGUAUCCUGGAUGAUGUUAUAUCCCAAACCCCCAGCACUGACACGCUUUACCUACUUGGCGACUUCAACGCCAGAGUGGGAGCUGACCACGAGGCCUGGCCCUCCAGUCUCGGUGCCUACGGACGCGGGAAGAUGAACGACAACGGCCAGCGUCUGCUAGAGCUGUGCUGCUACCACGGCCUGUGUCACCAACACAUUUUUCCCGUGCAAAGAAAUCCAUCAGGUCUCCUGGAAACAUCCUCGUUCACGCCACUGCCACCAGCUCACCUUGGUCCUGACAAGACUGCUGACUGCGACACAGACCAUUCCCUCGUCGCCAGCAAGGUGCGCAUUGCCCCGCGGAAGAUACACCACAGCAAGAAAAGCGGCCGGCCACGUGUUAACACCUGCAAUGCCAGCAACCCCUUUAAGACGCAGAGCUUCCUGAACCGUCUCAACGUGAUCCUAGCAAGGGAGACGUCUGAAGACGACAGCACAGACCUCAUUUGGUCCCACCUGCGGUCCUUCCCUUACGGGAAGAAGGAACACAAAAACGCUGACUGGUUUGAGGCUCACUGGGAUGAGAUGGAGCCUGUGGUCGAGGCUAAGAGGAAGGCCCUUCUGGCCUACAAGAACACUCCAGGCCCCACCAUGCUUACUGCACUCAGGGUUGCCAGGAUAACAUCCCAGCAGACAGCUCGACACUGUGCCAACACCUACUGGUUGAAUCUCUGCAGUAGAAUACAGCUUACUGCAGACGUAGGAGAUGCAAGAGGGAUGUACAAGGGCAUCAAGAAGGUGACAGGUCCAGCACCCAGCAAGUCCGCCCCCCUCAAGACCAAGGCAGGCGACGUGAUCACCGACCAGGGCAAGCAACUAGAACGCAGGGUCGAGCACUACCUGGAGCUGUACGCCACGCACAAUGUUGUCACUGAUGCUGCCCUUGCCGACAUCCCCGACCUGCCUGUGAUGGAGGAGUUUGACACACUGCCCACUGAGGAGGAGCUCAGCAAAGCCAUCAGCAGUCUCCCAAGCAGAAAGGCCCCAGAAAAAUUAGGGUUAUUUGAAAGUAGUUACAUUAGAUGA